GGGCGGGGCCCGGCCGCCCUGAGAGGCUCCGCAGGCCCGGCUGGGCGAGUGUCUGGCCCUUUAAGGGCCGCCCCCGAGGAGGUGCCAGGCCCGGGUGGCGCCGUCCGUCCUUCCUGGUCCUGCGGGUCCAGGACUGUCCGCGGGGUUGAGGGAAGGGGCCGUGCCCGGUGCCAGCCCAGGUGCCCGCGGCCUGGCUCCAUGGCCCUGGUCACAGUGAGCCGUUCGCCCCCGGGCAGCGGCGCCUCCACGCCCGUGGGGCCCUGGGACCGGGCGGUCCAGCGAAGGAGUCGACUCCAGCGAAGGCAGAGCUUUGCGGUGCUCCGUGGGGCUGUCCUGGGACUGCAGGAUGGAGGGGACAAUGAUGAUGCAGCAGAGGCCAGUUCUGAGCCAACAGAGGAGGCCCCGAGUGAGGAGGAGCUCCGCGGGGACCAGAUGGACUUUGGGCAAGGAUCCCAGAGUCCCCAGAAACAGGAGGAGCAGAGGCAGCACCUGCACCUCAUGGUGCAGCUGCUGAGGCCACAGGACGACAUCCGCCUGGCAGCCCAGCUGGAGGCAGCCCGGCCUCCCCGGCUCCGCUACCUGCUGGUAGUUUCUACACGAGAAGGAGAAGGUCUGAGCCAGGAUGAGACAGUCCUCCUGGGCGUGGAUUUCCCUGACAGCAGCUCCCCCAGCUGCACCCUGGGCCUGGUCUUGCCCCUCUGGAGUGACACCCAGGUGUACUUAGAUGGAGACGGGGGCUUCAGCGUGACGUCUGGUGGGCAAAGCCGGAUCUUCAAGCCCAUCUCCAUCCAGACCAUGUGGGCCACGCUCCAGGUAUUGCACCAAGCAUGUGAGGCAGCUCUAGGCAGCAGCCUUGUACCGGGUGGCAGUGCCCUCACCUGGGCCAGCCACUACCAGGAGAGACUGAACUCCGAACAGAGCUGCCUCAAUGAGUGGACGACUAUGGCCGACCUGGAGUCUCUGCGGCCUCCCAGCGCAGAGCCUGGCCGGUCCUCAGAACAGGAGCAGAUGGAGCAGGCGAUCCGUGCUGAGCUGUGGAAAGUGUUGGAUGCCAGUGACCUGGAGAGUGUCACUUCCAAAGAGAUCCGCCAGGCUCUGGAGCUGCGCCUGGGGCUCCCCCUCCAGCAGUACCGUGACUUCAUCGACAACCAGAUGCUGCUGCUGGUGGCACAGCGGGACCGAGCCUCCCGCAUCUUCCCCCACCUCUACCUGGGCUCAGAGUGGAACGCAGCAAACCUGGAGGAGCUGCAGAGGAACAGGGUCACCCACAUCUUGAACAUGGCCCGGGAGAUUGACAACUUCUACCCUGAGCGCUUCACCUACCACAAUGUGCGCCUCUGGGAUGAGGAGUCGGCCCAGCUGCUGCCGCACUGGAAGGAGACGCACCGCUUCAUUGAGGCUGCAAGAGCACAGGGCACCCACGUGCUGGUCCACUGCAAGAUGGGUGUCAGCCGCUCGGCGGCCACAGUGCUGGCCUAUGCCAUGAAGCAGUAUGAAUGCAGCCUGGAGCAGGCCCUGCGCCACGUGCAGGAGCUCCGGCCCAUCGCCCGCCCUAACCCCGGCUUCCUGCGCCAGCUGCAGAUCUACCAGGGCAUCCUGACGGCCAGCCGCCAGAGCCAUGUCUGGGAGCAGAAAGUGGGUGGGGUCUCCCCAGAGGAGCGCCCAGCCCCUGAAGUCUCUACACCAUUCCCACCUCUUCCGCCAGAACCUGGGGGUGGUGGGGAGGAGAAGGUUGUAGGCAUGGAAGAGAGCCAGGCAGCCCCAAAAGAAAAGCCUGGGCCACGGCCACGUAUCAACCUCCGAGGGAUCAUGAGGUCCAUCAGUCUUCUGGAGCCCUCCUUGGAGCUGGAGAGCACCUCAGAGACCAGUGACAUGCCAGAGGUCUUCUCUUCCCACGAGUCUUCACAUGAAGAGCCUCUGCAGCCCUUCCCACAGCUCGCAAGGACCAAGGGAGGCCAGCAGGUGGACAGGGGGCCUCAGCCUGCCCUGAAGUCCCGCCAGUCAGUGGUUACCCUCCAGGGCAGUGCCGUGGUGGCCAACCGGACCCAGGCCUUCCAGGAGCAGGAGCAGGGGCAGGGGCAGGGGCAGGGAGAGCCCUGCAUUUCCUCUACGCCCAGGUUCCGGAAGGUGGUGAGACAGGCCAGCGUGCAUGACAGCGGAGAGGAGGGCGAGGCCUGAGCCCUCACACACACCCACGCUCCCCUGACACUAAAGAGGAUCCACAACUCCUUGGAGAAACACCCUCAACGUCUGUCGCCACACACAUUCCUCUCAGCUCCGCCCCAUACCCGUCACUACAGCCUCACCUCCCACCCGUCACUACGGCCUCACCUCCCACCCCUGUCACUACAGCCUCACCUCCUACAGCCUUAAGUCCCAGGCCCAUGUCCGCCUGUCCAAGGGCUCAAGACUUUCUAACUGGGAUGUGGUAGAGGGACUGAAGGUGCCUUUGGGGGCAACAGCACCCUAGUUUCAUUCUCAACUCUAGCCCUGCACACUCACCUGUGGCACGGAAUGAAAACAGAGCUUCCAGUGCAAAAAGGGUCACGCCUCCCACCCCCACCCCCUCCCUGCACCUCCUGUCCUCUCCCAGUUCAUUCCUGGAACCAGCCAGGCCAGGCAACCAGUGGCCCCCAAAGGCAGGCAGGAUACUCAGGCCCCAGCCGCGGGAGGCUGGAAGGGCUGGCAGGUUGCUUCCCUCAUCCACCUCGACCGGUCCAGGUCUUUGCUGCUGUCCCCAGACCUCCUGUGACACCACGCCAGAUCACAGGGCACCAGGCCAGAGAUAGUCUUCUUUUUGUCCUUUCUGGCCUCUGGCUAGUCAGUUUUUCAUAGCCUUACAGUAUCUGGCUUUGUACUGAGAAAUAAAACACAUUUUCAUA